AUGUAUCCAGUGAUUGAAUUGGAAGAUAAUUCAUUCGAUUUUCAGGUGUUGCAGAAUCAUACUCCUGUGGUAGUGUUAUUUCUAGAAUCAACCUCUAUCGAAGGCGACAACACAAAUGGCGAAGCUAUAUCUAUGAGUCAGCAAAUAAAUGACCUCAAUGCAAUACACUAUUUCGACAUAAAGUUUGCUAGAGCCACUAGUAAUAAGUGUCAAUCAUUGAUCACAGAGUACAAUGUUAGUAGUUUUCCUACCACCAUCACUUUUGUGGAUGGUUAUGAAUUCAGUAGAACCAUUGGCAUUCUAACCCAACAAAUUGAAUGGAUUCAUGAGGAUAUCCUUCGAGAAUUUAGCUUCAAGUGGAAACAAGCCAAAAGUAAUCCAAAUAUAUUGGCUGUUUACGGAUAUGAUGAAAUGUUAAUAAGAUAUUUCAAAGAUAAGAGAGAUGCCAGUCGCCAAUGGUAUCAUUUCCUCUAUGGCAAUCCACUGGAACAAAAUGACAUUGAAUCUCUGGUUCAAUCUCUAAGGUCCUCAAUUCGUUUAAACAAAACAGAAUUAGUCUUUCAACUUACGAAAGAAUAUCCAUUGUAUUCACGAAUUCCAGUUUUGGCAAGAUCCGCAAUAAAAUAUGGAAGAUUGGAUAUUCUAAAGUAUUUAGAUAAGAUCUCCAAUGUUUGGUAUAGUAAUGACUAUGGAUUAUCCUAUUACUAUUUGACUUGUUGGGCAUCUAAAUCCAAGCAGAAUCUUGAAAUUCUCAAAUGGUUGGUGGAAGAAAAGUUGGAAAAGAAUAAAACUAAGGAAAUUGAAAUUGUUGUUAGAGAUGCAAUUAAUUAUGCUGCACGUGCAGGUCAAUUGGAGAAACUACAAUAUCUAAUUGGCCGAUUCAAUUUGAAUCCUGCUGACCACAACAGACAUUUAAUUAAAGCAUCGAAAAGUGGUAGUAUUCCAGUGGUUGAAUAUCUUCUAUCGAAAGGUCUGCAAUUUCAAGAGAAUCAAGACUAUGUUAGUUUUGCUGCAUCCAAAGGACAUUUCGAGUUGGUGAAAUAUAUGAUCUCCAAGAAGAUAGGUGUAUGCUCAGAGACUCUGUUAGAUUCCGCUUCAUACUCUGGAAACUUUCACUUGAUCAAAUGGUUGCACCUCAACGGGAGUACUUCGAUCAAUGUAUGCUCCAUUUUGGCAAUGGAUUAUGCUGCACUACAUAGUUUGGAGCAGGUGGUUUGGUUCCAACAGAAUCGUACAGAGGGUUGCUCCUACCAAGCGAUGGAAUUCGCCAUCAAAAACAACCACCUCGACAUUGUGAAAUGGCUACACACCAACAAGAAGGAAACAUGCUUUCCAAUGGCUCUGUUAAAUUCAAUCUAUUCGCUAUUGAUCAACGAUAUCAGGAUUACCAAUUCUCAUUUGGAUUUGUUUCAGUAUCUCUAUGACAAUCAGCUAUAUGGUGCAAUGCAAGGUGCCAGAUACAUAGAUUAUUUUCAAUGGGCAAUCAGAAAGAAUAUUAAAAAUAACAAAAUAUUGAUAUUCCUCCUGACACAUCCCGCUCUCUUUGAAUUGCCAAUCGAUUACCAAUCACUAUUAUCAUUCUCUAAAACCAAACAAUAUAGAAAUUCCUAUAAAAUAAUAGAGAGAGAAAUGAUAGAAAAAGAUAUAAUAAGAUAA